CAUAGUGUAAACAAACACCCAAACCUCCAGUCAACUGUAAACUGUAUAUUAUUUCAUUAUUAACACUCUAUCAUGUAUUAUUAAGUCCACACACCGUGUUGUUUGACGUUAUGUUCCUCUAACGGUUGUUGUCAGUCGGAGUUAACGGCUCGCGGACACGUCAGUUACCGUUUGAAGAUGAUAUACCAUGUUCCCUGGAUAUACACACCGGUGCGGACUGUCCUGGCAAUCUGGCACCAGCUGACUAAGACUGAGAUCCCAGAGCUGGCCAAGUGCUCGGUGCUGAUGAGGGAGCGCAGCAGAGUGGAGGAGACAAUGUACGCCAUGCAGCGGGCAGGUGCAGGCAGCCUGCAGGUAAUCUCCGACUUUGAUAUGACGCUGACCAGGUUUGCCUACAAUGGAAAGAGAGUUCCCACCACACACAACAUCCUGGAUAACCGGUUGUUGAUCGAUGAAGAUUCCACUAAAAAGAUGCGGGAGCUGUUGAACACCUACUAUCCCAUAGAGAUUGAUGCCAGCAGGACUGCUGAAGAAAAGCUGCCUCUCAUGGUGGAGUGGUGGACUAAAGUCCAUGAGCUGCUGAUUCAGCAGAGGAUCAGGAAGGACAUGCUGGCCCAGGCUGUCAAGGAGUCCAGCGCUAUGCUCAGGGACGGCUACAAAGUGUUUUUUGACCGUCUGACGGAGCAGCAGGUCCCUCUGCUGAUCUUCUCGGCUGGUGUUGGAGACGUCCUGGAGGAGGUGAUUCGACAGAACCACGUCUUUUAUCCCAAUGUCCGCAUCAUCUCCAACUACAUGGACUUUGAUCAAACUGGGGUUCUGAGAGCCUUCAAAGGCCAACUGAUCCACACCUUCAACAAGAGGGAAGGUGCUCUGUCACAUGCAGCUGGCCUCAGGGAGCUGCAUGGUCGACCCAAUGUGUUGCUGCUGGGAGACUCAUUAGGAGACCUGACCAUGGCUGAUGGCGUGUCUGAGCACGAGAACAUCCUCACCAUUGGCUUCCUCAACGACCAGGUGGAAGAGAGGAAAGAGUCGUACAUCAACUCGUUUGACAUUGUGCUGGUGAAGGACGAGACGAUGGACAUUCCCAACGGUAUCCUCAGAUACAUUACCUCAUCAAAAGACAACAAGUAAGACGCACAAGACGGAACUUCAUUGCAGCAAACAGACUUGUUCACUCCAUUCACCAUGUUGCAUGCUGGACAAUCACACAUCACAACUUACCUCAAGCCAGAACUUGAAACUGGACCUUUUUAUCUCUUUAUUAUUACACUCUUAACUGUUUUGACUGCAUAUUAAAGCUACACCAAAGUCCAGAACAAUCUGUGACUUAUGCUUGUAACGUCAGUAGAGGGCAGUAGAAGGCUGGGCAUUGAUUUAACUGUUGUCUUCCUGCUGUUAAAUUUGUUUGAGGGAAUGCUCAGGAUGUCUUGAUACAAACUUUACCACCAGAAUGGCAGUGUGCCACAUUCACAGAACUCAGUGCAGGUAGAUUUUAUAUUGUCUUGUUUCAAAUCCAUAAAGCACAUACAGUACCAGCAGCCCUCCCUCUAAAAACAAUUCAGCAACCUUUUUAAAAAGGCAGUAUAAACAACUACAGGGUGUUCUUCUAAAUUUCUGUCAAAUUCACUCCUUUUAACAUGAAAAAAAGUUGUGAUUUUUACUUUGUUGUUUUACAGUAUGAGGAUAAAUAUCUUUUACAUUAAGCUUUUGUAAGAGCAAAGACAUAAAACACAUUUUGUAAAUGUGUCUUUACCUGCAAAGUGUCCUCACUUACAUUGACAGGUUCUGGUGUGUUUUGUGCGUACUGUAUACUACCUCUUCACACAUGAAUCAUCUAACAUGACAGUCUUUAAGCUAUUGUAGUUGUUAUUAAGUCAGUUGUUCUAAACUUUUUCAUUUUUGAAGAUAGACAUGCCAUCAUUUAACACAGUGCUACAGUAUAGCAGUAUUACCAUUAUUAGUGUUUCCAGCUGUAACACUGACUAUGUUUACAUGCACAAAAUGUUCCAGUUUUCGCCUCUUAUUCCAAAAAAAGACAAUUAUUCAACUGAGCUGUUUACAUGGUUAAUGAAAAUGAAUAUUCUUCUAAUAUUCCUGUUAAAUGUAGCCGCAAAUACUCCACCCCAGUUGAGAUGCAUAGUCCAAAUACGCUGUCUGUGUGUGCAAACAAUGCUCCUAAAACUCAAAAAUACUACAUUCGAGAAAAAAGAAGGCCUAAUACUUAAUAUCCAAACAGAAUAUACUGUUUACAUGACCCGUAUCAAAUUCAGUACAAAAAUAUUAUCUUAUUUGGAUUAGAAGUGGAAUAUUAGUCUGCAUGUAAACGUAGUCACUGUGGCUGCUAUAAAUUAGAUCUUAAUAUUAAGCUAGUUGCACUUUACCGUAGGUGUUGAAGAAAAGACGAACAUGGACUAACUUAGCAAAAGGUAUAGUAGUACACAUUUUUAAAUCUCGAUUGGAGUUCCUUUAGUAUUGUUGAUAACCCAGGUCUCCAACAGAAAUUCCAUGUCAGUGAUGGUAUUGUAAAAAAUGACAACUAUCCUUUAAAUCAACAUUUUUAUGUCUGUAUGCCACUAAUAGUUAAUUGUAAUGCAGUCUUAUCAUAAGAUGGUCAUUAGAUCAGUGAAUCAUGGUGCCGCUUUUAAAUUCUAUUAGAAAUGCAUCAAUAUUAAUAAUACUUGCAUUAAUAUAUUUUAAGUUACCCGAAUCCAAUAGUUCCCGGCCAAUAUCAACCAAAACCAAUGCAUUUUUAAGUGUUAGUACAUAUGCAAGUCUACAACGUGUUUAGAAGUUCAGGUAUAUUUCUGUGUUAAUUUCCU